UUCACCCCCCAACCGAUCGUGGAUCUGACUCAUGUCCCGAAAACCUAGCAACGAGACGGUCGCGCAUAAUGAGUCGUCCAACAGCUUGCCGCCGAGCCAUCCUGGCUUGAAGCGCACCCGAAGCGCUACGCUCCGUGAAUCCUCCGGACUGUCCUCAAACGGCAUGGUCGGGCUCCACAUGGGCAACAUGUACUCUAUGCCAACCUCUCUACCUUCGCUGGAACAUCGCACGUCGUCGACAUUUUCCAUCAGCAGCAUGCUACCGAUGCAACAUUCGAUGCACAUGAUGAGCAUGCCUACAUUUCAAACGGAUGUCGGACCCAAGGUCAAGAGCACUUCGUCCGACUUUAUGUAUCCCGCCGAUGUCCAGCCCAUGACCUUCGACGACAAGCAGAGGUUGGUCCACCGCAUCACGAUGCUUCCAAGUCAGUACUUGCGUGGAUUGAUUGAUGUCAUCACCAAGUAUCAACCCGACAAGGUGCGCCAGUUGGAUGAAGAAUACGUAUUCGAUCUAGAGCAAAUGCAUGAAAACACGGCUUGGGCCAUCAGCGACUACGUGCGCGACGCAUUCUCGGAAUUGGACGAAUAUGUCAAGAGCUUGACAAACGCUGGGAUGGGAUCGAAGGUGGGAGCUCAACCCAUUAAUCUGUCAAGCAUUGAGAACUACGAAGCACCUCGUCUCCCUGGAAGUAGCAACACCUCCGAUCUUCCGAACAGCAAGCGGCGCCAUACAGUGACUUCGGCCGCAGUAGACCACGCGACGCGUCAACAACUUCAGAGCAACGGUCAAAUCAAAUUCAUGGAACAAGUUGAAAUGUACUCCAAGGUGAAGCAAGCCAAAUCCAAGACCCAGCCUUCUCAACGGCAUGCGUGUGAAGUGUGCCACAAGCAGUUCCGUGGUCGGUCGGAGCUACAGAAUCACAUUCGAACUCACACUGGCGAGAAACCACUGGUUUGUUCCCAUCCUGGGUGUGGCAAGACGUACGCGCAUAGCUCGAACUUGCGCGCCCACGAGCGAAGCCACGAAGGGAUCAAGCCGUACGUGUGCCACUACGACGGCUGUGGCAAGCGAUUCGCCCACAGUGUGAGUUUGAAGGAGCACAUUUGGAUGCACGCAGGCGUGCAGCCCUACGAGUGUCCUUUCCCAGGCUGCCAGAAGAAGUUUACCCAAGUCUCCAACUUUGCCAGGCACAAGAAACUGCAUGUGAUUGCCGGUCAUCGCGCUUCCAAGGACGCGCCACCCACCGCCGCUGUUCCGGGGGGGGUGAGCGCCAACCAGCCGUCGAGCACCCUCAACAUUUAGUUGUGGCCACUCCAUUCACUUGCGAUCUCGUAUUUAUCGAUGUAACCCAAACUGCUUUAUUCCACAA